AUGGCUCAAGGCCUCCUGAAAAAGAGCAAGCCCACCACGGCCUCCUCCAAGCGUCCCUCCUCCAAAACAACAAAGCCCGGCCCGCGCCAAAUCGCCCCGAAAAAGACUUCCCUGGUGAAGCAACACAAACUGAACAAGAAACUCACGUCCGGGCUGGCGGCCAAGACGGAGCGCAGUUUGGCGCAGAAGGCGGGGCAUCUGGAGAUGUUGGCUGGUGGGAAGAAGGAUAAGGGGGAUGGGAAGGGGAAGAAGAAAUAA